AUGUUCAAGCUUGUUCUGGUGCUGGCUUUGGCCGCCUGCUGCGUGAAUGCCGCCCCCAAGGCCGGCCUCGCCCCCCUGGCCUACUCCGCCCCCCUGGUGGCCGCCGCCCCCGUGGCCUACGCCGCCCACGCGCCGGCCGUCGUGACGGCGCACAGCUCGCAGUACAUCGCUCAGAACUUCAACGGACUCGCCGUGGCCGCCGCCGACCCCGUCAUUGUCCUGGUGCUGGCUGUGGCCGCCUGCUGCGUGAGUGCCGCCCCCAAGGCCGGCCUCUCCCCCCUGGCCUACUCCGCCCCCCUGGUGGCCGCCGCCCCCGUGGCCUACGCCGCCCACGCGCCGGCCGUCGUGACGGCGCACAGCUCGCAGUACAUCGCCCAGAACUUCAACGGACUCGCCGUGGCCGCCGCCGCCCCCGUCUAUGAACGAGCACUGUACGACUAUAAUGCGUUCAAGAGGUGA